GACAUUACCAAGACGUCGGACUGAAAUGUACUGGAACAAGACUGAAUCAGAAUCUUCAUAACAUUUCGAGAAGCUUAUUACAUUUCGUUGGUAAAGGAAAAUCGUCGUUGAAAAACGUUAGAAUACACGCCGUACAGCAGUACCAGGCAGAAAAUUUAUCAUUAUCAAAAUUUUCUACUUCCAAAGCGAUCGUGUGUGAUGGCAGAUGUCCUCAUGUCACAAACCUAAACAUCACAGGUUUUGCGGCGGCUAUCGAAAUUCAUAAAUAUGGUGACAUUUUGUUGAGGAAUAUAAAGAUUAUGAACUGUUUUUAUGGUGUUGUUGCGAAAAGCACCGGUAUUAAAGCACUUUCAAAAAGUUACAACGGCACUGACAUCUUCCGCUUGGAGAAAAUUACAGUUAAUAACUCCCAUGUGGGUGUUAUGUUGGAAAGUCAUUAUUCUCUUCCCAUAGACCUAAGGAAAAUUGCCAUUACAAACUGUUAUUCUGGGAUGUUUGUUUCAAAGUCAAUGUUCACAAAGGUUAAGAUGUCUGAACUGUUGUUUGAUACUGGCGUCAAUGCUAUGAUAAUAAGGACAACACCAGGAUACUUUGAACAAGUCGAUCUUUGUGAUGACAGCUAUUACCUCUACAAUGCAUCAUUUCCCGUGGAAGUAAUUCGUUCAGGCCGUGCUUCCCCUCAACGAAGUUCUUGUUCUAUG